AUGUCCCUCCGGUCGGCGAUUAGCCUACCCCUACGACAAAUCCUCCGCCAAGCAAUACCUUCUCGCUCCUUCCACCACCGCACCCCUCUCAGACCACGUGAAUUCCUCCUCCGGCGCCCGCAACGUCGCCAUGCAUCCUUCACCUCGAACGCUCGCGCCCUCUUCCGCCAGAACCCCGUCUCAGUCUCCCUCGCUCUCCUUGCCCUGACCUCCGGAAUCGCAGCCCUGGUCUACACAAAUUACCUCUACCAAUACUACAUCCUCCGCGCCUUCCACAACUAUCCCGAAUAUGUCGCAAAGAAACUACGACGCGCGCUGUACUUCACCAAUACCGACUUACAACCACAGGAAGCGCUGAAGUACUACAAGCAGGCAUUGCAGAUAGCGGAGGAGGUGGGAAUGGAUCCGUUCAGCGAUGAGAUUAUUGGCGUUAAGGUGCAGGUCGCGAAACUGAUGGAGGAUGUUCGACAGCCGGCCAAAGCGGUGCAGGUACUGGAGAUUCUGCGGAGGGAUUGUCUAGAGUGGAUGAAGCAACUAGGUGGACUGGAGAAGAAUCGGGUGAAAAGGACGAGGGUGUUGGCCAAGGUUGUGGCUGUUACGGUCAAGUUGGGAGAACUGUACGGCAGUCCCGAGAUCUACGAUAGAGAGUUGGCGGAGGAGAGGUUGGUCUGGGCUGUAGAGACCGUAUUGAAGGAACGUGUGCGACGGGACGGCAUAAGAAGAGCGGAUGGUUUGAGCGAGGAAGCUUUGUGUGAGAGGGAAGGGGUAUGGAUGACGGACUCGGAAACAGGCGCAGCACUGGAGCGGUUGGCAGCGAGUUACGAGGAGAAAGAUUUGCAUUAUCUGGCUAGUCCGCUCUUCCUGCAAGCACUAUCCCUCUACCCAACCAAGGACUGCCAUACGGUCAUCUUAAUGAACAAUCUCGCCUCCUCACUAGCCCAGCAAUCGCCCCGCGCAGCGAGCGCAGUCUCUGCUCAAGCAUCCUCAUCAACCAUCGCCACGACUCCUCCGGCUAUGAGUACGACAGCGCCAGCGACUCGUGAAUCUAUGGUUCAAAAUGCCCGACUAUGGGCACAGAAAGCAUUAGACGUGGCAUCCUCAAUCCAGCCUCCCGUGAGGAAUGAAGAGUGCGAUAUCGGAUGCGCAGUCGCUACGCACAAUCUUGCCGAGUUCGCGGAAAUGCUUGGGCAGCGCGAUGAGGCAGGGAGACUGUAUGCGGAGGCUAAAGGGAUAGCAAAGGCGAUCGGGUUCGCCGAAGGGGUCGAGAUGAGUGAGAGCCGAUUGAAGGCGAUGACAAGAUGA